CUUGCAAAAAAGAUGUUUUAUCAUUCAUCCGUGUACCAGCAACUGAAGCUGAUCACCGUUGACAGCGGUUUGUUAUUUCCCCUUCGGAGUCAUGAUUGCACCGUAAUAUUUUGCUGUCACCUUACCAAACAGUUUCACUGCUCCGUAGAAUAUUGUGCCGGGUUGUGCCGGAACGAUGAGAAACGGUCAGUUCGAUUAAUCAAACAUUUCUUGAGUACACCCACACACAAGUUGGGAAUGUAUCGACUUCGGCAUCGGUUUGUAGCGUUUGGUAGAUGUUGCGAGCGGGAGUAUCAUGCCCUAGCGCAAAGGGCCACCACAUCCACAAGACAGAAUGGCAGCGAGAACCGGCUGCUGGUGCGCCAGCUAGAGACGGACCUCAUACGGCCGGGUGUUCUAUCGAGCGGGCUGUUUUGGGAGCGACAUCGCAAAGGUGGCUACCAGACGGAACAGCGCAUUUCGUUGAAGAAAUCGAUCAUAAACGGGCUGAAGGAGCUGCGCACAGAGUUCGCACUGUUUCAGCAGGAGUGGAAGGAGAAGCUGGAAAGCGAUCCGCUGGUAGUGUUCCGACCGGGUGAGAUCGAUGUGGUGUUUGGGUUUGAAAACCCAACCGAGCUAGAUCGCUGGGUGGUAACGACGGACAAGGAUCACGGUGAGGGCUAUUCGCAGGCAGCACUCGAACCAAGCCCGGCUGGGUACGGUUUGUUUCACGGCACACUGGAAUCGCGUGUGCCAAAAGAUGGCCGCAUCAAACGGGCUGGUUACGCUAAUAUCAAGAGUCUACGCGUAAGGAAAUCAUUCAAACGGGACGCAUUCUACGACUGGAGCCAGUAUAAUACGCUCGUGCUAAAGGUACGCGGUGAUGGGCGGUCCUAUUUGAUUAACCUUACCGCGGAAGGCUACUACGAUAUUCUUUGGAACGAUAUCUACCAUUAUGUGCUGUACACGCGUGGUGGACCACACUGGCAGGUGGCGAAAAUUCCCUUCUCAAAGUUCUUUCUCGCCUCGAAGGGUCGGGUGCAGGAUCAGCAGGGUCCGGUACCGCUCAACCGGAUCACAAAUGUGGGCUUUUCCGUGGGAUCACGCGGUGGCCACGAAGGUAGCUUUCGGCUAGAGUUCGACUUUAUCGGCUUGGAGUUUGAUCCAUCCCACCAGGAAGAGUUUGCGUACGAAAUGUAUCGCCAGCCGAAGUAUAUUGUGGCCACGUAAACGUAUAUUAUAUAGAAAAUGGAACUGUGUUGUGGUUGUUUUGUGUAGAAUCGUUGGAGGAAAUAGAUACGCUUAUUUCACACUUUUA